UCGUGUUAGAAUAUAUUUUUAUAGCUCUUUGCAUAUGCUAAACGUCCUCUCGUCAUUUCAACUGUUCACAAGGAUUUUAGAGGACUAACAGUAUUUGUACACUUUAAGCAUACACGUGAAUUUACAUUACUAAACUGUGAAUAUACUUUUAAUUAGAACAAUUAAUUAUUAAUUUUUAACGGAUCAGACUUUUCAAUAAAGUCAUACAUUCGUGUAUUAAUUUAGUGUAUUUGUGUCUAAAAUUUGUAAAUAUCACAAAUGCUUUAGUUUUACGAGACACUAAAAGGAGUUUGUAAACUUCCGGUGUGAAAAAUGUCAAGUUUGCAAAGACAAAAAAGUAGUAAUUUAGACAAACCCUUGAGUAAGGGCAAAGCAGAGGUAAAUGUUGCAACUUUUGCCUUACUGUUCUCAGAAAUUGUACAGUACUGCCAGAACCGAGUGUAUACAGUGCCAGAGUUACAGACCAAACUAUCAGAUCUGGGACAACAUGUUGGGAAUCACUUAUUAGAUAUAUUAUUUCUGAGGGAUCGAGGUUUUAAGAGGGAGGUGAAGCUGCUCAACAUGUUACUGUUUAUCAAAGGAAACUUCUGGCGUACAUUGUUUGGGAAAGAUGCUGAUAAACUGGAGCAGGCGAAUGAUGAUGAAAGAACUUAUUAUAUUAUAGAAAAGGAGCCUUUGGUUAAUAAAUUUAUCUCAGUCCCAAAAGACAAAGGUAGUUUGAAUUGUGCAGCAUUCACUGCAGGUAUUAUAGAAGCUGUGCUAAAUGGAGCAAACUUUCCUGCCAAAGUAACAGUUCAUUGGCACAAGGGAACAACUUUCAUGAUAAAGUUUGAUGAAUCUGUGAUAGCCAGAGAUAAAUUAGUGGACGGAAAAUAGUGCAAUGAUAUGUUAAUUAUUGAGAAAAUAUUUUGAUUUUGUUCGCAACACAGAAAAGGGAACUUUGCAAUGUCAUAGAAGAGUUGCCUGUUUUACUUGCAUCGUCAAGAUGAAAAUUCUGUCAGUGAAAGCUAUAUUCUGACAGUUUUAAAUUACUUCAUAAAGGUGCAACAGUAAAAAAAAACAUUAUAUCUACAAUAUUGUUUUUGCUCAGUUUCAGAACUUAGAGAUUUAUGUAUGUAAAGAUUUAAAAGAUGAUAAUAUAUGUUUCUCUUUUGUUUUGUUCGGCACUACAGCUGUGUUAUGUCUGUUUUCAGUAAGUUAUUAGGAACUGCCAUAUGUAAACUGUAGUAUUACUGUUCUGUUUAAUUUUGUUUAAAUGUUAACAUUUUUAUAAAUGAGCCAUGCCAUGGGAAAACCAACAUAGUGGCUUUGCGACCAGCAUGGAUCCAGACCAGCCUGCACAGUCUGGUCAGGAUCCAUACUGUUCACUAACAGUUUCUCUGAUUGCAAUAGGCUUUGAAAGUGAACAGCAUAGAUCCUGACCAGACUGCGCGGAUGCGCAGGCAGGUCUGGAUCCAUGCUGGUUGCAAAGCCACUAUGUUGGUUUUCUCAUGACACAGCUCAAAUACUUUGCUUUUUUCUUGGGAUGCUUAAUCGAGAACUUACUUGUCAAUAUUGCAUUAAGUUAAUUUUCACGAAACUGUAAAAUUUAGUCUGUAGACAGAAUAAUUUGGUUUAAUGUCCUUAAAGGAAUUGUGCUUUAUUACUAACAAAAUGUUAAGGUUGUAUCAUACAAAAACUUACCAUUUCUUGUUUUUUAUUUGCACAUUAAUGUCCUCUGUGCAAUCUUUCUGAAAACAUAAUAAUUUUAAAUACAGGUUUAUAGAAGUUGGCACUGUGUGUAUGAAAUGCAAAAUUUUGAAGAUUUCUUCAUAAAAUCUAUGGCUAGUAAAAAAAAAAAAUGCACUUAGUAAAUGGGAUGCCCUCUGUAAAUUUAUUGGGAUUUCUUGGUAAAUUCUUGUUUCAAUUUUUUUUUCAAAUUGUAAUGUGUAUUAAUCAGUUACUGAUUUACACAAUAUAUAGCAGCAUUUUUCCUUUAAUGUCUUGUGUUUCAAAUAUUAACAGAUAAACUAUUUUUGACAGAAAGACAUAUAUAAUAGCUUUUGUUCAAGAUGUCUUAAUUUCAUGCCAAAGAAUGUUAAAAUUUAACUUUGCAAAACUUAUUAUAAUACAUUUUAUCAUAAUAUCAUCAACUGCUAUCACUAAAUGCUUUACAGUUAGGUUUUAUAUUCUGAUUAAAAAGUGGUAACAUUGCAUAAAUUGCAACAGGAAAGAGUAAACUAAGAAAGAAAUCAUGAAUUGAUAUUGUUACAAUUUGAAAAUCUGAUGUAGCUAUAUUUACAAAUUCUUUUGUAUGAUUAUUUGAUAUGACACUGUAAAAGGGUAGUUAACAUAAACAGAACAGUUCUUGAAUGUAGGCUAUUAAAGGUGUGUUUUGAAAUUAUUAAUAAUGAUUUAGACUUUUUCCUAGCAUUUUUAUUGUAUUGUAUUUUAUGUAUCAUUAAUUGUUGUUGACACUGUAAUAAAAUGUCUUUCAGA